UCGGUCGUGCCAGAUCGGUCAUUCAUCGUUGUUGGUUUUUAGCGAGCAACGCUGCCACGUAAUGACGGAUCAAUAAGUCGAAAUAAAGUUUGUGGUGCCGCAAAAUACAUGUAUUUAACGCCAAAUUUUUAAAAAAAUUGUGAUAUUAAGUAUUCUCAUUCGUAUUGUGUGAUAUAAACACUAACUCUCUAUCUGUGAACAUAUAAAGUGCAUUCGAUACGGACUUGCGUGUUUGUAAAACAUUUUAAUGCCUCCCGUUAGCACAAGUUUCGCUGGUUGGUCUCCUGGCGUCCAUAUUUGUGUAUCUCUGGCUGGCCAGACUGAUAUGGAGCACUGUUGAAGAUGCGCGCCCCUACCCCCUCCGAGCCGAAGUCUAUAUUUCCUACCUACCAAGUGCCUCAAAUGUCAGCCAUAAGGGGCAGCGCACCCCCAGUACAAGUUGCAGGGACAGCUUGGGGGGGUCGAGCCGAUCCCCCAAGUAGUACCCCCAGCGCCAUUAAUGGCGCUUUAUCUGUGAUAUCUGGCUCAAGUUGUCAUUCAAUUGACAACUCUAAUAUUAGAAUGCAGUCUGUGACCGAAAAUUGUCUUCUGAACUCUGUUACCGUACCAAAUAUGCAACGUAUAGACCAUGGCAUGGUCACCCACAAUAAUAGCUUUAAGUUAGUUAGUAAGUUUGGUGCUUUACUCCCUGGACGAGACAUUCCCAAUCAAAAGUCUGAUGACCUCGAACUACACAAUGACCUUAAUGUACUGAUAACCACUAAAUACGAUACAAAAAACUGCGAUAACAACGACAAAAAAGACCAUGAGGGUAACUUAAAGCCUGGAACUCAUACCUGCACAAAUUACUCCAAUUGUAGGGAGCUAUCAUCGCCUUUGAGACUUCGGGGAGGAGGCGAAAGCUCUCUUAGUACUGGUACUUCUGGAUGGGGCACUCCACCUUCUCAGCAAUCUGGUAACAAUAAUGCAAACAAAACCAAUGGUCAACAGCCACCUACUUCACAGCCAAAUAACACUGGUUGGGGUCAGCCUGGAUCAAAACCUGUUAAUAACAAUGCAAUACCACCAACUAAUCAACCUCCUAGUACUGUUGCUAAUCCACCAAACAAUAAUGUAACAAGCAACAAUACCAAACAGCAAUUAGAACAACUCAAUAGUAUGAGAGAAGCUAUCUUCAGUCAAGAUGGCUGGGGUGGGCAACAUGUCAAUCAAGACACUAACUGGGAUAUACCCAGUAGCCCUGAACCCCCGAUUAAAAUGGACAGCUCCGGUGGUCCGCCUCCUUGGAAACCCGCAGUCAACAAUGGUACCGAAUUGUGGGAGGCGAAUCUUCGAAAUGGAGGACAACCUCCUCCGCAACCUCAACAAAAAACCCCGUGGGGUCAUACUCCGUCUACGAAUAUAGGAGGCACUUGGGGCGAAGAUGACGACGCAGAUAGUUCUAAUGUUUGGACUGGAGUACCUUCUAAUCAACAGCAGCAACAACAGCAGCAGCAACAACAACAACAACAGCAGCAGCAACAGCAAUGGGGAGGAGCUAGUAACAAUACCAAUAAUGGAACAAUGUGGGGUGGUCCUAAAAAAGAAAACGAUUGGGGCCCAGGUACGAACAACUCAGGUUGGGGAGAUCCUCGUGCAUCUGAUCCUCGACAAGCUGCUAUGGAUCCUCGAGAUAUUAGAGAUAUUCGCCCUGAAAUGAGAGAUAUGAGACCAGGAAAUUCUGAAACGAUAAGAAUUUUAGAUCCCAGAGAACAGAUGAGGCCAAUGCCUGGCAGUGAUAUGAGAGGAGACCCCAGAGGAAUAACAGGAAGACUGAAUGGAGCAGGUGCUGAAGCUUUUUGGGGACAAAGCACACCUCACCCAACUUCUCAAACAAUACACCAUCACAACAAAAUGCCCGUACCGCCCGGUAACGGAGCUGGUUGGGAAGAACCAUCGCCGCCGACUCAAAGACGCAACGUUCCCAAUUACGAUGACGGAACCUCUUUGUGGGGAAAUCCCCAACAAGGCUCUCACUGGAAAGAUCUGCCCACAGGGGCAAGUAUGGGUCGCGGUGGUAAUGGUAAUGGUCCUCCCGGUAUGACCCAAUCGCGUAUGAAACCCGACGGGUCGAUGUGGGGCGGACAUGGUCGAAACGGUUCGUGGGAAGACCACGGCGGCGGACCCGGAGCUGCAUGGGACGAGCCCUGUUCUUGGCCCAAACAGAAAAUGCCCGAUCCGUUAUGGGACGAAUCCGAUUGGAGCCAUAAACAACAGAACAAGCCGCAAUUGACCAAGGAAAUGGUGUGGAAUUCGAAGCAAUUUAGAAUGCUAGUAGACAUGGGACACAAGAAAGAAGACGUCGAAAACGCUCUACGCAUGCGCGGAAUGAACAUGGACGAGGCUCUAGACUUACUUACGCCUUUGCGCAAUAAUCGUGAUACAGGAGGAUGGGGCGCUCGCCACGAAGACCAUUACGAACACCCGCCGUUCGGUCAAAGAUUCCCGACCGGACCCGGUAGUCAGUUAACCGGUUUUCCGCCCGGUAAUAACGCUCCUAAUCUCCUGAAUAAUAUGGGUAAUUCGGGACCGAAUAAUUCUCUCAUUAAUAACAUUGCCCCGGCGGUCGUACAAAAAUUAUUGACUCAAGGGGCUGGAUCUCAAGGAUUUGGCGGAGCUUCGGGAAAUGCGGGUAGAAAUAUCCAACCUCAAUCUCAGCCCUCGACACAACAACUCAGAAUGUUGGUGCAGCAAAUACAGAUGGCAGUUCAAGCGGGAUAUCUCAAUCACCAGAUUCUUAAUCAACCUCUGGCGCCACAAACUUUGGUACUUCUUAAUCAACUUUUACAACAGAUAAAGACUUUACAGCAGCUCAUAUCUCAACAGUCCAUAGCCAGUACUCCUUCUAUCAGCGGAAAACCAAAUAAUACUUUCAUGCAAUUCUCCGUUCUCAUUACAAAAACUAAACAAUCCAUUACCAAUUUGCAAAAUCAAAUUGCCGCUCAACAAGCAACGUACGUCAAGCAACAACACCAACAAAGUGGAAUGGGUGCUUACGACUUUAAACCUCCGAUACAUGACUCGAUAAAUACGUUACCGAGCAACUUUGCCGAAUUGGGCAUUAAUAAAGAUCCUCAGUUGAAUCAACAACAAUCACGACUUACACAAUGGAUAAACAAAGAUAAAGAUGAAGGAGGGGAAUUCAGUAGGGCACCCGGUUCAUCUUCUAAACCUAUAAAUACCUCGCCUAAUAUGAAUCCUCUUGUCCUGAAUUCGACAGAUGGACCUUGGUCUACUGGACGAACAGGAGACACUGGUUGGCCUGACUCAUCAACCAAUGAUAACUCGAAUGAUGUAAAAGACGCACAGUGGUCGACCACCACUCAACCUUCCUUGACUGAUCUUGUACCUGAAUUUGAACCUGGAAAGCCCUGGAAGGGCAAUCAAAUAAAGUCAAUCGAAGAUGACCCCAGUAUUACGCCUGGUUCAGUGGUGCGCUCUCCUCUGUCUGUAGCAACAAUCAAAGACAAUGAAUUAUUCAAUAUGAUUCCCAGCAAAAGUCCCCCCGCUACUGAUAUUCAACCUUUAAGUCUCAGUUCGUCUACUUGGAGUUUCAAUCCAUCUGGCACUGCUACAUCAAGUGCAUUUACUAGAAAUAAUUACAGUCCACCUGGAAAAUUGCCAACAUCCAAAGCCUCUCUAGGUGACCUGAAUCCCACGACGGCUGUAACGUCCGAGCUUUGGGGAGCUCCGAAAGCCUCCAGAGGUCCUCCUCCGGGUUUAUCGGCGAAGGGAAGCGCCGGUGUCAUAGCGAACGGUUGGUCCGGCGUAAAUUCCAUGCCUUGGGGUGCCGGCGGUGGCCAAAGGAGUUCUGGAAAUUGGGGUGGAUCCUCUCAAUGGCUGUUGUUGAGAAAUUUGACAGCUCAGAUUGAUGGUUCUACUUUACGCACAUUAUGCUUGCAACAUGGUCCAUUACUAAGUUUUCAUCUUUAUCUACACCAAGGUUUUGCACUUGCCAAAUACUCAUCUCGCGAAGAAGCUAUUAAAGCUCAGACCACUUUAAAUAACUGUGUACUAGGCAACACGACAAUAUUAGCAGAAAAUCCUACCGAUUGGGACGCGAAUACCCUGCUACAGCAAGUAGCUAGCCAACAAAGUGGUUCUUCGGGCGCCUGGAGAGGCUCGAGCAAACAGCCUACCGGAGCCGAUACGUGGAGCACCGGCUGGUCGAAUAAUCCAUCCAGCACCAAUCUGUGGGCAGCUUCACCUUUGGAUAACACGGAUCCCGCGCGCGGUACCCCAUCUAGUCUAAAUUCCUUUCUUCCCAAUGACCUGUUAGGUGGACAUAUUGCAAAAUCUUUUUUUACCACUUUAACGCACUUCUAAAAGGUCAAAUACUUGGUUUAAAUUUAAUGCUAAAUUUGAAGACUGUUACAUAUAUGUAUAGUUGGAAAUUCGAAACACUUCAAGGUAUAAGUACAUUCCGAAUAAAAUAUGUGCCAUCCGAAUGCCUUUGUAAUUGAAUUCAUAUCCAGGUAAUAAAAGUUUACUAUUGAUAUUUUUUAAUGUAAUAAAUUUUUGUCAUGACUGUAUCCAUAUAUUUGGCUUCAUAAUAAAUGUUAAUAGUUCCGCGUACCGCUGUACCUUGAUUUAAAACAAAAAAUAUGUAAAAAUAACACUAUAUACACAUUGUAACAAGUCAGUUAACACCAUAGAAAUAGUAUAAAAUGCUAAUUCCAUGAAUUAAGUGAAACCAACAGGAGCAAAUAUAGUGUGUCGGGACGCAGGCGCAUAAUGUAGUGAAUAUACGCGAUGUUUUAGGUCAACAAUCAUACAUUUUUAGAGGUAUUUCUUUAUAUAAAAAAGUUCAAGUAAAAACAUACUGGUAUUUUAUAUUAUUUCUAUGGUUAAUUUAAGUUCGAUUAAUAACAUAAUGCAGCAAAUUAAUUUUUAGGUUAUGUUAACAGAUUCAGAUGUGAUAACUUGACAAUUGAAUAAAUAUGAAUUUCCUUCACAAUAAAUUAAUAAAUCUAAGAGGGAGAAAGUAACAGUUUAAUAUAUCCUUUGUUUUUAAAUAAUUGAUUUAAAAUUAAAAAGUUACUUUGAUCUCUUUUACAUUUUUCUUUUCUGGUUAUUAUUAAGGGUGGGCAAAAUAAUCGAUUAUUUUCGAUUAAUCGAUUGUUUCGAUUAUACUCUAUUAUUUAUUUAGAUAUUUGCCCAAACCUAGUCAUUUUGACCAGGAAUGAUUUUCAACGUCUAUUCAGUUUUGUAAAAUGUUAAUAUUUCGUUGAUUUCAGAGUCUAUAUACAAAUUCAACUGUAUGCUUUUUAUAUCGACUCUGAGGUCGACAAAAUUGUCGAAAAAAAAAAUGUAUUUAUGGCAAAUUGACUAUACAAUAUCAAUAGUAAUAAUCAGUAAUGCUACCUCUUAAAAAUCAUGUGUUAUUGUUUAGGUUCCUGAUAAAUAACAACAUAGAUAUUAUGAAAUAAGCUAGGUCGUAUCCUUGUAUUCAUGUGAAUCUCUUAAAAAGAUUUUGGGAGGGUUAAAGUAGGGACCAGGCCGCGAUAUCACGGUAAUAUCAAAUAUUCAAAAUUAUGUAAAUCAAAUCCUCGACAUCUUUCAUGAUGUAUAAAGAUACAUUUUACAACAAAUAUUUACCUAUUUAAGACUUCAUUAAUAUGUAGAAAAUUACAAGUAAAAUAUAAAUAUCUGCACUAUUACGUAAUUAGUUUGCUGUUUGCUCAUCUCGUAAACAAUUUUUAAGUAUUAUUUAGUUGUCAUGAACAAUAUGUUUGGACUUAAAAAACCUACCUCAAUUAUUUUAUUAAAAACACACCAAAUUAUUUCGUUAAAUACUUUUUCUUUAAAAUUGUUAAGAUGGGCGGGCCGAGCAAAUUUUUACAGUGCUUUACACCUAAAAGUCUGCACAUUUAAAUAUAAAUGGGUUCAGAAUGGAAUAGCAAAGUUCACAAAUCCAAAUAUUUACCCUAUCUAUUUUUAAAGGUCUUAAUGAUUUUAUUUGUAAACAGCAGAGUUUUAGGUAUAGACUCUGUAUUGUGAAUAUAGAUAUUAAUUAAUAAAACUGGAGUACCAUUGCAGUCAGUGCAGAUGAUCACCUAGGAUAAGUUAGGUUAUGUAAGUGCUUUUUAAGUAACUGAAGUUGUUAUGCUCUGUACUUGUAACCCAAUGACCAGUAUGCAUUCAGUAAUAAAGGUUGUCUUAAAUGUC